UCCACGCGGUCUCGGCUCCAAACUCGCGCCCGGAAGUGCAACAUUAUUCUGCCCUUCCUCACCACACGACUGUUGAUCUUACACUCGUUUUCUCCCCCGUUUUCUCCCACAUUAUGGCAGAGACAAAGACAGCAGAGUCCAACCUUGACGAUCUUCUUGCGAACGAGGAAGAGCUGGAGCAUGCUUUUUGUGUCCUAGCAGGAAGUGACCAAGAAAACUGCUCUUAUUCACGGGGCUACGUGAAGAGGCAGGCGGUGUUCGCAUGCAACACUUGCACUCCCAGUCCCGCACAGCCUGCUGGCAUUUGCCUGGCUUGUGUCAACAAAUGCCACGAUGGGCAUGACAUCUUUGAACUGUACACCAAAAGAAAUUUUCGCUGCGAUUGUGGAAACAACAAGUUUGGCGGUUUCCGGUGUCAGCUCAUUCCGACCAAAGAUGAGGAAAACGCGAAAAACCUUUACAACCACAACUUCUUCGGCUGCUACUGCUCGUGCGGCCGGCCGUUUCCUGACAUGGAGGAUCAGGUCAACGAUGAGAUGAUUCAGUGUGUCGUCUGUGAGGAUUGGUUUCAUACCAGGCAUUUGCACUGCACGGUUGCCGAGCCCGAGGAGUUGCAGGAGAUGGUCUGCGAGGCCUGCAUGAAUAAGGCUCCUUUCUUGUGGACGUAUGCUGCUCACUUUGCAGUUUCACCCAACGAGGAUGAAGAGGUGGGUGUCUUGGAAGUAGAAGAAAAGCGGACCGUUUCAGAGUCCAGUAAAAUUAUCACUGAAGAACCGUCCACCAGUCUUGAAAUCAAGGAGGAGGAGGCCGCGGCCACCAGGAGUUUACCUUGCAAACGGAGCCACGAUGACAUGACAGUCCAACCCGGGGAGACCAAAACGGCAAUUUGCAAGCUGAAGGAUCUCCAGGCCCAGAACGUGGCGAGGCCUCGACGGGGUGCGGUGUUUUGGUCUUCCACUUGGCGCUCUCGGCUGUGCACCUGCACAAGCUGCAAGAGGGCUUACGUAGCCGCACAGGUUCAUUUCCUCAUGGAUGAGUCCGACUCGCUUCUGGCCUAUGAGAGCAGAGGUCUGGCGGAGCCAUUUGGGCAGCACCCGCUGAUGGCGGUGACCAGUUCAAUGAACAGAGUCCAGCAGCUCGAGUUCAUUUACGGUUAUAAAGAGCUGACGACUGCACUGACCACAUUUUUUCACCAAUGUGCAGCAGAAAAUAAGGAGAUCACCGCAGAAGCCGUACAUCACUUUUUCGAGGAGCUGCAGGCUAAAAAACGGCGCAGGACCAACACCGGCUACCAAUGACUGAAAGUGGGCAGCACUGCUCCUGCAGUCAUGUGGCAGAUUUGAUGAAACCUGUGAACAUUUUUUUCCCCCCCGUGUUGAGUAAAAGGGGCGUUCAUGCUGCAACCAAUGAAUUUAGAAGAAAUAGUGCAAAUCACAGAAGCAGGCUUGUUUCUGUUCAAGAUGCCUUAACUUUGAAACUUAACAAGGAGGCUCGUUUCCUCACGCAUGUGCUUUUGUCACCUGUUUUGUUUCAGCACUGGAUGUUUGAAAAAGUCUUAAACACAUACAGACAAGUGUUACAAAUCGGCAGUUUAGUAAAGAAUAUGUCAACGACCAUUCACCUGUAAGAAUUGUUUCAUUGACGAAACGUGACAAGUUCAUUUCAUAAUAUCAAACCAGUUUAUUUUUUGAGGACCACUGCUGUGCACCAAUUGAGGCACCAGUAGAAAAAUAGAUUCAGUGAAACUAGAUGCAACAAUCAGUCUACAAAUAUUAAUUCUUAAGAUGCUAUACAAGUACAAUGUACCUGCGAGAACCCAACAUAACAUUUCGAAUGAUUAAAAUAAAAAGGUGCUAACUAACAUACAUAAAAGGGAGCUACAACUAUCUGAUGCAGACUG